AUGGCUCUCCGUCUCGGCGCUCAUCCCCUAGCUGUCUCGGUGCCCGCUUCUCAGAGCGUGACGCCUCGUCACUGCCAAGAGGCAAAAAGCGUGGCCCGAGUAACCGUCGUAGCGUCGGCUUCAGCGAAGCAGCCGGAGGAUCUCGCAAGGCCUGUGAGUCGUCGGCACGUGAUCAUUGGUGCGGGCGCGCUCGCAGCUUCCGUAUCCCCUUUCUUCGCCGGAGCUCGCAACGCGCUGGCGGAGGAGGAGGGUGCAGAGGAGCUUGCACCUGCGCUCGUGGACGAGGCCGUUGAGGAAGCCACCGUGGAACCCGAGGCCCAGCCCGAGGCACAGCCUGAGGCCGAACCCGAGGCCACCCCCGAGACGGAAGCGGAGGCCGAGUCCGUAACCGAGGCCGAGCCUGAGGCCACCUCCGAGCCGGAAGCGGAGGCCGAGCCUGAGGCCGCCCCUGAGCCAGCGGAGGCCGAGUCUGAGGCCGCACCUGAGACUGAGCCUGAGACUGCGCCGGAACCCGAGGCCGUGGCCGAGGCUGAGACUGAGGCGGAGGGUGAAGCGGAGAAGGAGAGCGAGGUGGAAGUGUUCGGCGAUGAUGAUUCUGAUUCAGACUCGGACUCGGAGUACGGCGAGCUGGAGGAGACGCCCGUGCUCAAGGCCAUGGCCGAACUCUCCGGCUUCUUGCAGGAGCUCAAGAAACUCGCGGAGUUGCAGUGA